AUGGCCCCGACCCCUGCCCGUUCCUUCAACACGCACGCGCUGGACAAACUGUCUUCAGCGAUUUGGGAGCCGGAAACAGCGAUGAGCAUAACACCGAUGCGCAAGUCGAAGAUCAUUUUGCUGGGCAAUUCGGGGGUGGGGAAGACGAGUCUGUUGUACAGUCAUAAGUAUGGGCCGGAUGUGACCCCUUGCAGUGCGACGAUUGGAGCGUCUUAUGUGAAUUGCGAAAUGUAAGGAGGGAUUUUUGACAAAAAAAUGGAAUUUUUUGAUUUUUUGGGCUUUGAGGUGAAUUUUAGAAAAAUGAUACUUUUUGAUACCUUUUGAUACUUUUUGGAUUUUUCAAAAUUUUCGGGCUUAUCUGGGACUUUGAGAUUUUAAAUGGUUCACGAAUUUUCUGAAAUUUUCGUUUUUGAUACCUUUUGAUACUUUUUGGAUUUUUCGGAUUUUUUGGGUUUUUUGAACUUUCUAGGCCUUCAAUAACUAUGAUUUAUCCUAAAUUUCAAAAAAAAAUCUUUGUUUUUACCUCACCAAACACCUAGUACAAGGUAUAUUGAUCCCAAUUUGUUUUCCCAACCCCUCAAAAACACCGUCCUCAGCAAAUUUCGUACUCCCGGAAAAACAAAGAAACCUUGCUCUUUAGCUUUCUUAUUAGUUUUUUGUUGUUUUCCCUCAAUUAUUUUUUACAAAAAAACAUGAUUUGUCAGCAAUAAUACGGUACGGAAAACAAAGAGAAAUUUCAACGAAACGUUACGUCAAAGUUAAUGUAAAAAAUGUUUCAAAAGGUGAUAAGAAUGUAUUUUAGGACCGUGCAAGAUGACCCAAUUCAACUGCAGAUCUGGGACACAGCUGGCCAAGAGCGAUAUCGGUGUAUGAUUCCGAUGUAUCUGCGAAAUGCGAUUGGCGCCAUAUUGGUUUAUGAUAUUACGGACAGACGCAGCUUCGAUGAAAUCCACAAAUGGCUACAGGGUAAGGAGAUGUGCUGAAUUUUUGUUUGGCAGUGAUUUUUGACGAUUUUUUUUAUAAAGUAUGGGAAGAGGGGACCAUAGUAAAAAUUAGAAUUUUUGUCGUAUAAAACGUCACCGUAUGGCGAAAAAUGGGAUUUUUUGACAUUAUAUUCCAUAAUGAAGCAAUCAUUACUUCUAAAUCCUGCACUUCUGCAGCCAUAGAGACAUCUUAUACGAUGAAAGCUUUUUUGCGUAUAAAAUGUCACGAUUAUUCAAGAAAAUCUGUAUUCCCAGAAUUUUGACAGUAAUACAGUAUGAAAUGACAAUUUCUGUCAAAUCAGCAGUUUUAAGAAAGCUUGGGUGACAUUUUAUACGAUGAAACCUUUCAUCGUAUAAAAUGUCACUUUUAAAAAAAUUGCCGUUUUACGGAAAGUUGGCUGUUAGCCGAUCCACGGGCACACUAUUUAACAUUUUUCAUAAAAAAUCUUUGCAUUUUUACCAUGGUAAAUUUAAAAAAUCUCAAAUUUCCGCUUUUUCAGACCUCGAGCGGUACGCGGUUCACGCUCCCCUCCUAAUGUUGGUGGGAAGCAAAGCAGACAUGACCGAGAACCGCGAGGUGUCCCGGCUUGAAGGCGAAGCCAAAGCCGCCAAACUCCAAGCCCAAUUCUACGAGCUGUCCGCCUUCGACCCCAAGUCCAUCGACAAAAUGCUGUACGAAAUGGCGACGCGGAUCCACGAGCGCCAGAUGCUGGAGCCGCCCGAAACGAAGCAGGUCGAGCUGAUCCGAGUGCAGCCGUGGCGCCGCUCGCCGCUGCAUUCGCCCACCUCCUCGGGGCAAAUGAGUCCCACCAGCUCGGAGGAUUACAUUCUCUCGUCCAAUGCGUCGUUCGGAACGCUGGCGUCGAAUGAAGGCCGACGAGCGGAGGAGCACGAUGAGGAGGAGAAAACCGCACCGUGCUGCUCGAUCAUGUGA